CACACACACUCUCACACACACACACACUCAGAGGAGGAAGAUGGCCGACUCCACCAGCAGCAGCAGCUCUGAUUCUUCAUCGCACAACAACGUCUCCACCUCCUCCUCACUCAGAGACCUCUCGCACUCAGCUUUAGAACUCGUCCACUGGAAAGAACCAAAGAAGUCUGCCGUGGCUUUCGGCCUGUCUCUGCUCGUCCUUGUUUCCGUGGCAACGCUGUCGGUCAUCAGUGUGGUGUCCUACCUGCUGCUCACCUGCCUGUGUAUCACCAUCACCUUCAGGGUUUAUAAAUCUGUGAUCCAGGCCGUUCAGAAAUCAGACGAAGGUCAUCCAUUCAGGUCUCUGUUGGACAGGGACAUCUCGUUGUCAUCGGAGACGGUCCGGCAGCUGGCUGAUCAGUCUCUGGCUCAUUUGAACUGGUUCAGUAAUCAGACUCGGAGGCUGCUGCUGGUCGAAGACUUGGUGGACUCUCUCAAGCUGGCUGCGGUGAUGUGGUUGAUGACGUACAUCGGGUCGAUCUUUAACGGCGUCACCAUCCUGAUCCUCGCGGAUGUCAUCUUCUUCACGACUCCUCUGAUCUACCAGAAGAAGAAGACGCAGAUUGAUCACUUCAUGGAGGUGAUUCGGUGCAGAGUGGAGGCGACGCUGCAGAAGUUACACGACAGGUUACCUGGAGCAGUGAAGAGAACUAAAACGGAUUGACCACCUGAUCUGCAGACACUGUGGCC